AUGCAGGGAGUCACUGAGGCACUGAAAGACCAAAUUACCCCUGUCGUCGAUGGUGUUGACGGCAACGUCCUCGGCGAGGGGUUGGGCGCUCUUGUAGAGCUUGAAGCGAAUGAGGAUGUGGAGGGCGAGUCACUUGCAUUGGAAGGUGAAGAAACCAUGGUUCCGAGCCCAGCUGAGGAACUUCACGGUUAG